CAAAAAACCAAAAUGAAAUUUUUUAACUAUAAUUUUUUAUUUGUUUCGUCUUUUACGUUAGAAUUUGGAGUGGCAGUUCUAACCACAGUGUUUACGACAAACCACGAACUUUCAGAUGCAAAAUUUGAUUAUAUGUUGGUAAAAUAAGUCUAUAUUAACUUCUCAUGAUCUUCUAUUAAAUAUUCUAUAUCGUAUCCUUUAUACGAGUGACAUUGAUAACAAUGAUUAAUAACAACUCUAUAAGAAUUAAAUGUUGACGUUAUCCGUAGUUAUGGUAAAUGUAUCCGAGUUAUCAAAGAAUCUAAUCGUUUUGGGAUCUAUAUUCUUAUUACUACUUACUUGGGGAAUAGCGAUUACAGGAGCUUUAUUGAGAUCAAGAAAAUUGAUAGCUUUGACAAUUGUUAUUUGGACAAUCUUCAUUAUUGAAUGGCUAGUUUUAUCAUUAUACUUUAGAGUACUCAUGCACAAUAUCAACUACUGUGUAGCGCAGAAUACGAGGUGUGCACCAACCAUGUGGCUUAUAGGCGGAGGAGCAACUAAUUCAUCUAAACCAGAUGACGACCCUGAAGUCGACGACGAAAGUAACAGUACAGAUCCAGAUUCGGAUGACGAUAACCGUAGAAGACUAUGGUCGAUAAUUGACUCUCCCAAACUAACUGUUAAGACUUUUCACCCGAUGAAAACAAAUGUAAUUCCAAACACCAUCGCUACUACUCCUGCUGUAGAUACCGUUAUUUCAAAUCAAACCAGUAUGAUAGUCGGUGUCAACAACGGGUGUGGGUGUGAACGUCACCCGCGGACUACUACCGAAAGCCCUCCUAGCGAUUUGAUAACGCGCGUCAUUGAGUACAGGAAAAAUAUGACAAUGUAUCGUCAAACUUCGGAGGCGGCGAUACAAUUGCAAAAGAAAAAAAGUGGGGAAAAAAAUGAGGUACCGUCAGUUAAGGAAUAUAAUGAUGGUGAUGGCACAACUAGAGAACACCAUAAAAAAAAAGGAUAUGAUAGUAAAAUCGUCAAAACAGCGGAUGAAGAUAACGGUGAUAAAGGGGAAGACAAUGAAGAGGAUAAUGAGGACGACAAUCCAGUCGGCGACGAAACAGAGGAAAAAGACGAUAGUACCAAAAAAACCGCUGAUUGCCAACUCGUAGAUUUGUUAGUUAUGGCAUUUUUUUUACUGUUGUACGUGUAUGCGUUGUAUGUACUAUUGUCUUAUCACAAUGAAUUGAAAUUAAUGCAGAAUUGUAAAUGUACAAUCCUUACAUAAUAUGAAAUGUUACUAUUUGAACGCAGCCAUUAAACAGUAAUACAAUACGUACCACAUGGUAGGUCAGUAUAGAAGAUGGCUUCAAUAAUAGAACGUUAGAACAUUAAAUUUGAAAAUAAUUUUAUUUUAGUGACUGUAUUUAAAUUUUAAAAAUAAAAAUACUUAACAAUAAAUAA